CUUAUAAAGUCAAUUCUCCCUUCCCUUUUACAAUUCACCGUCUUUUGCCCCAAUUUUCGUUCGCCGCCGAUCAACGUCGCCUCCUCCGUCUUCCAGCUGGAAGUGUAGGAUGGACAUAAUAUCUCAAUUGCAGGAGCAAGUGAACACAGUAGCAGCUCUCGAGUUCAACACCCUUCAAACACUUCGAAGAGACGCACUUCCGAUUCAGUUAUCUCCAAAUUAUCCGGAGCCUCAACCUGCAAAUUCCAAUGGUAAUGGAGUCGAGGAGUCAGACCAAUCUCGCAGAGUAACCCAAGAUUUUCAGUUCCGAAUUGGUGAAAGCUGCCAAGCAGAGUGGCAAUUUCAAUUUACUCAGAGUUUCCAUUAUCAGAGUUUGUUAGAAAAUCCAAACAAUAAUUGUAGUUGGCUGAGAAUGACGCAAUUGGAGAAAAACUUCAGAAGCAACUGGAAGCUGCUGCAGGUGAAUGAUCUAGCAGAUGCAUCGGAUAGCUAUGGGACGUUAAAUAACAUACUUGAUUUGGAUAAGCAUAAUGACACAGUGAAGACACAAGGAAGCCUCUCACGGAAUUUGCGAAGAGUCAGGCAGGGCCUUGAUCUCAUCAGGGCAAUAUUCCAAAACUUUUUAUCUACAGAUUAUGUGAUUCCUUCCUCUUUUAUUGUUUCUUCUUUCAGUAUU